UUUAAAAUUGUGUGAAACCAAUUAAAUCUUUUCAAAUCUUUUCAAAUCAGUUUACUCAGCAUUCCUUCACUUAGUCCUUUCAAUCUGUUUCUUAGGCAUUAAAAUAAUAAUAAUAAUAAUAAUAAUAAUAAUAAUAAUAAUAAUAAUAAUAAUAAUAAUAAUUUUUAAGUGUGUGAGAACACUAAUAUUUAAGAAGAAAAUGUGUAAUAUAUUGAUUGUUUACACUUGCAGUGCAUGGACAUUAAACGUAGGGUUGGGGGAGGGGCUGUUUUCCCCCAUCAUGCUCUGUAACUGAUGUUUUUUUUUAGUUGUGGUCAAGUUAGCUAGUUUCGGAUUACGGUAUACGGUACAUGGAUUGAUUUUAUUAUGGACUCCAAAACUGCCAAAGAAAUCAGAGAAUUUCUUCUCACUGGCAAAUACCCUGAUGUUUUUGAUAAGCAUCAGAGGUACAUACUGAGACGGAGGGCAUCCAAUUUCUGCAUCACUGACAACGAACUGUACUACAUAAGACACAGGGGAACCGAAAAAGAGUGCAAGGUGAAGGUGGUGUGUAGUGCGGCAGAGGCUGAUGCUCUCUUUGUCGAGUUUCACAGUAGUGGAAUCGGAGCUCACUGUGGGCAAAUAAAGACAAGGGAUGCAAUCUCUCAAAGAUUCUACUGGCCUGGCAUGUCUGGGGAUAUUGAGAAAUGGGUGUCACAGUGCACAGUUUGCCAGAAAAACAAGAGAGAUAUAAAGGCCAGCACGGAAUACAAGCCGAUCAAGACCAAAGUUCCAUUUGAAUUGGUGGGAAUGGAUCUCAUCGGCAAGCUUGUGAAGACAGAGCAAAACCACCAGUACAUAUGUGUCAUAAUUGACUAUUGUACUAGGUGGACUCAGGCAUAUGCACUAAAAUCAAAGUCUGCAGAAGAGGUCACACAGAGCAUUUUGAAAUUUGUCUACCAAUUUGAAGUGCCAAAACGGAUUCUGACUGACCAAGGUAGAGAAUUUGUCAAUGCUAUUAACUCACAAGUGUGUGAAGUACUUGGCAUUAGAAGAAGUCUCUGUGCCCCAUAUCAUCCUCAAACUAAUGGGUUGGUGGAGAGACUGAACGGAACUAUACAAAGAGCUCUUGGCAAGAUGGUGGAUGAGAAACCUAACAACUGGGAUCUGUACCUGGAUGCAGUAAUGUUUGGACUGCGCACAAAAAAGCAGUUAACCACACGGUUCUCCCCAUUCUUUUUGAUGUUCGGGAGAGAAGCACGUUAUCCUGCUGAGGUGCCAGAGGACUAUCAGGUUGAUGCUACUGUUGAGAAUGUGCUUUCUGAAGAAUUGGUGGCAAUUGACAUUGAGAGGCAUGACAGAAUCCUGAACAUUGUCCAGGAGAAUGUGGAAGGAGUUCAGGAGAGAACAAGAAAAAGGCUGCAGUCAAAACUCCCUCAGCAAAAUCUUCAGGUGGGGGAUGUAGUUCUGAGAAAGAAUAUCCGCAGCCAGCAACGAAAAGGAGGAAAGCUUGACCCAGAAUUCCUCGGCCCCUUUACUAUCACCAAAGUAGCAGGAAAAAGCAUUGACCUUGUUGACUCCAAUGGAAAAGCCAUCCACAAGGUUAACAUUGAUCAUUUAAAACUGUACAAUGAACAGACCCCGAGGAUACCACAAAAGUUAAAAGGGCAUCAUGAUGUAUUCAGUAUCGCUCCUCCCUCAGUCACUUCCUCUCCACCAGCCACUGUCAUCUCCUCUCCACCAGCCACUGUCACUUCCUCUCCACCAGCCACUGUCAUCUCCUCUCCACCAGCCACUGUCAUCUCCUCUCCACCAGCCACUGUCAUCUCCUCUCCACCAGCCACUGUCAUCUCCUCUCCACCAGCCACUGUCAUCUCCUCUCCACCAGCCACUGUCAUCUCCUCUCCACCAGCCACUGUCAUCUCCUCUCCACCAGCCACUGUCAUCUCCUCUCCACCAGCCACUGCCAACCUCCACCCUUCUGUCAUCUCUUCUCCAUUAUCCACUGUUCAACCUGCUGUUCAACCUGCUGUUACCACCUCCCCACCUACUUCCACCUCUUCUCUACCAGUUCCAGUCACAUCCUCUCCACCUCCUGUCAUCUCCUCUCCACCUUCUGGAACCAUCUUUGCUCAAACAUCUGUCUCCUCCUUAGAAAAAUGUGUGAAAGAGGCUUGGGAAGGAAAAAAUGUUCAUGUCCUUCUGUCAAAAAUUGGACCAUACAAAUUGUUUUAUUGGGACAUCGCCAACCUAGCACCCAAUCAACAGGUUGAAAGUGAGGUGAUCAAUGCUUAUCUGAAGCAUAUUGUUCACAAGAAAAAUCAAGAACAUGGAGGCAAACAGGCACUAUACAUUGAUUCUUUUGAAAUGACUGGUAUGUGGCAGGGGAAGAACACAAAACUGAAGUGUGACCCCAAUAACUUUCAAGUGAUUCUGGGAGCUGUAAACGAGCCAAACCACUGGAUACUGACAGCAUUUUUUCCACAACAAAAAAGGAGUUUGGUGCUUGAUUCUCUUGGAAACGCCUCCACAAAAUUAGUCACAUGUGAAAGGACAGCAAGAGCAUUCAUGAGAAAGCGAGGGUGUGAGGUGUCCACAUGGACAACAGAAACGGUUCCUCAUGCAUUACAGACAGAUGCUGUGUCAUGUGGAGUGUUUGUGCUGAAAUACGCUGAGAAUAUUCUGGCAGAGGAGCCACUGACAUUUACUAAUUCAAAAUCAGCUGUUCAGACUUACAGAUGGGAGGUGGCAAUGACUUUGCUCAAGGAGACAGAUAAUCUCGAAGAUGUGUGCCACUACUGUGGAGAAAAAAGUGGAGAAACAGAAAAAAGCAAACGUGGGAAAAAAAAGAAAGGGCAAGCAUGCAAUACUGUCUGGAUCCAGUGUGAUGACUGCACUAGGUGGUUUCACCUAAAUUGUGUGGGGAAACCCAACAUAAAUGAGAGCUACAGCUGUGCUGCAUGCCAAUAGCAAGAGAGCUAUCUUACAAAGAGAUCACUAUUUUUUUUUUUUUUAUAUAUAUAUAAUUUUAUUUCCAUUUUUUUUCCCAUUUUCUCCCAAUUUUACACGGUCAGUUACCCAACCCACUCAUUAGGACUCCCCCUAAUACUAGUGAUGCCCCAACACACCAGGAGGAUGAAGACCAACCCCCCCCUUUCUCUGACAGGUGAAGUCAGACUCUGCCUAUUUUUGAACAGCUGCUGAUGCAGCAUUGCCAAGUAGCAUCAUCAGCUCACAGACGCCUUGUGCUGAUCGAAAUCAUCCUUUGGAGUGAUGAGGGGAAAGAGUGCCAUGUACCCACCCAGAGAGAGCAAGGCUAAUUUUGCUGCCUGAGGGUUCCGGUAGCUAAUGGCAACUACAUAAACAGGAUUUGAACCGGCGAGCUCCUGGUCAUAGAGGCAGUGCAAAGCCUGCUGGACCACUCGGAGGCCAUCACUAUGUUUUGUUUUGACAGAAAGGUUUGUGUUUAUGUGUAUGUAUCUUUUGCAUGUUUUCCCAUUAUUUGAGCUUGAUUAUUAUGUAGACUUUGCAAUAAAUAAGUAUUUUCAA